UGGACCGUCACAUCCACACCAGCCAAUGGGGGAAGUCGAAAGGCGGAAGUGUAUGAAUAGAUGAGUGCGAAAUGCUUAGGGACUAACUGUGUAGCCACACACCUCCUCAACUUUCAAAGUUGUAAAAUGUGCUUAAUUUUAGGGGUUUAUUUGUUUCUCUAGCAUAACAGGCUAAUGUUUGACGUCUAAAGCGACCUUUGCGAGCUGAAAUGAAGACACUAAUUGUAGGAGUGGGUGGAGUGACCAACGGAGGAAAAUCCACUCUUUCCAAGUCCCUACAGGAGAUGAUCCCCAACAGCUGCAUCAUUGCACAAGAUGAGUUCUUCAAGGAUGAUUCUUUGGUACCAGUGGACACUAAUGGCUUCAAGCAGUAUGACACCCUUGAUGCUCUCCACAUGGACACCAUGAUGAGCGAGGUAGAAGCCUGGCAAAGAGAUCCCAAGACCAUCUUCAGGAAAUCACAUCUGGCCCAGGAGAAGACGACGCCAUCAUCAGCUGUUGACGUGUUUGUGCUGAUUGUGGAAGGCUUCCUUAUAUUCAAUCAUAGCACUUUGAAUGAGCUCAUGGACAAAAGGUACUUCUUGGAAAUACCUUAUGACACAUGCAAGGAGAGACGAUCUUUGAGGGUCUAUCAGCCGCCUGAUCCUCCAGGCUACUUUGAUGGACACGUGUGGCCCAUGUACCUGAAGAACCGCCAAGAGAUGGAGCGCACGUGCACAGGAAUCGUGAUUCUGGAUGGACUCGAGUCAAAGGAGGAGUUGCUGGCCACUAUAUAUCAAGAUGUUUGUCAAGAAAUAAAGAGGUGCAAAGAGAAAUACUGAAAAUGUUGUUCUAUUACCGAAUUUCUUCUGCUGUUGGUGAUCGGGAAGACCUUUGCGUUCAUGGAGUCAGUUGUGCACCGAAAAGGACCAAAAUAACGUGUAAAUGUGUUUUUAGAUGGUUAGGUAGCAGUAGCUGACAUGGAUAUGGCGAUGUAAAGUGUAAUGCUUGCACAGAGAAAGCUACACAACUUUGUUUUAAGCUAACUUUAUUUGUAAUUGUUACUGUUUUGUCUUUUAAAAUAUAUGUGCAGUUGUUUCAUUCAAAAGGUCUGUUAGAAGCAUACUAAUGAGAAAAAAACGUACUUGGGAAUUUUUCAUUCAAUGAUAAGAAUAAUGUCGUAUUACAAGAAUAAAGUUGUAUUUUCACAGGAGGAGUCAAAGUUGUACAAUGUUGAGAAUAAAGUUACAUUAUAUUGGGGGGGGAAACCUGUAAUGUUAAAUGAUGUCUAUGGAUGUUCUCAUUCGUUCAGGUCAUUGUAUUCUCAGGACAUUCAAUCAUUUGCAACCAGACUGUUCAGUUUGUCUCAGAAGACGUUACGCCACUCAUCCAAGUAGGUUUCAUCAAUUCAUGCUCCUAGACUUAGAUUGGUCAAAUCUGGUUUUAGACUUAGUUUGGUCAGAUUUAGAUUAGAUCAGACCAAUGUAAUUAAGUUGUAUUAUUAAGUUUGGAAAAAGUGGUAAUACUGAAAAGAAAACAAGUUUGAAGGAUUUUGUUAUAUUACAAGAAUACAAGUUGUACAAAAAUUGUAAAUACUAUGUUUUAAAAAAGGUAAAUUUAUGAUAAAACAGUUUUAAAAUGAAAAUAAAGUACUUUUAACAAAUAGAGGAUCUCAUAGAACACAUUUACGUUUGUUGCGGUCUGACUAUUAUUUUAUUUUCUUGUAAUCUUUGACUUUUUUAUUUUCUAUUUGGCCUUUGUACUUCAUAUUUGACUGGUUAAUCCAAAUAAUGAGAUUUAACAGAUAAACAAUACAUAAAG